AUGGAUGACGAACAAGAGGAAUCAGAUAAAAAUGAAACUUACCAGGCAAAUACUGCCUUUAUUGAAUCAGAAAAGUCUCUAGAACUCCAAGAAGCAGAAAACAUCCUAUCAGAUUCAUCCAAUGAUCAAGAAUUGGAAAGCAUAAUAGUAUUUGAUU